AUUAGCAUUGUGGGUUGGUAAAAAUCCUAAUUGCUUGAUUUAGGGCAUAAGGACAUGCCACAGGAUUCAUUCAUCUAAUAAACACUCGUCGACCCCACCCACACACAAAUCACGCCGCACCAAAAUGGUUCGAUCCUCAGACGAGAACGAGAAGAAGAAUUUGGUCAAGAAGUUAAAAGAUGUUGAAAUUAGUGUCCCGAUCGUUUAUGGAAAUGUAGCAUUCUGGCUUGGAAAGAAGGCAAGCGAGUAUCAAUCUCACAAAUGGACGGUUUAUGUGAGGGGGGCAACUAACGAGGAUCUGAGUGUAGUGGUUAAGAGAGUGGUGUUCCAAUUGCAUUCCAGUUUUAAUAACCCAAUGCGGGUUGUGGAAUCUCCUCCAUUUGAACUAUCAGAGUCUGGCUGGGGUGAAUUUGAAAUCGCUAUUACCCUUCAUUUUCACCCUGAUGUUUCUGACAAACCGCUGCAUUUAUAUCACCACUUGAAGUUAUAUCCGGAGGAUGAUUCAGGUUCCUUGUCAGUUAAGAAACCUGUGGUUGUGGAAUCAUAUGAUGAAGUUGUCUUUGCUGAGCCAUCGGAGGCUUUAUUUGCGCGUGUUCAGAAUCAUCCAGCUGUAAUAGUACCUAGGCUGCCAGCUGGCUUUUCUUUACCCCCUGUUCCAGCCGAGGAUGCAGAUAAAAGGAAGAGAUUUGAUCCCAAAGAUAAUCCUCUUACGCAAUGGUUUACAAAUUUUUCAGAAGCAGACGAGCUUCUUAAACUUGCAGCAGCUCGUCAGCAGGUGCAAGCUCAAAUUGCGAGAGUGAGGCGGCAGUUGAGCUUAAUCGAUGGCCAACAUCAACAGCAGUUAAAACCACCAUCUGAGCUAUAAUAUAAAAAUGUACAUUACUAAUUACUUUACCUUUUAAUUCAAGAGAACACUCAAACCCACCCGUUUAAUUAAUCUGUACCUGUCUGUUUGUAUUGUUGUACUUUUGUAGCUGUAUCUUUUACUGUCUGUCUGUAAGACUAAUUCUAUUGAACAUCAAAUCAAAUAUACUUUAUUUGAAAAA